GUCGGUCUACGUCAAGAAAUGCUGUCUUUCUCGGUCACCUCUCAUCUCUACCGCACUCCCUAUUGCACCUGAGAUCAAUACCACCAGCGAGCCCAUAUUCAGCAAUUAGGUUUUUUUUUCGUCUUUCAUUGACUGGUCUAAGUUUUUACAGCAUGAGUGUUUCCAACGAUAGAUUAAGCAAUGUUGAACAUCGAUCAUUCAAUGUUUAUCAAGCACUCCGUGACAACGAACAUCAAACACCGAACUCAACACAAACACUCUUAGAGGAUCACCGUAGCUCUCCAUGGGCACGAAAAAUUCGUAGAAAUUUAUCCCAGAAAAGGCAUCGCAUUCUCAACGAUCCCUAUACUUCGAACAUAGUUCAUACACUUGCAUAUAAAGACAUUUGUUGCAUCUGCUGCAUAUUUCUCUCUCCACCCUUUGGCUGAGUAAAAACAUCUCAAUCGGCACUAUGUUGUAAGUGUCCUAACUAUAACAACUACCUUUCUUCUCCCAAGUGUCCCCUUGAUUUCCUCUCCCAAGUAUACUUAGAUUAAAGAGGAUGCAAAAUGGAGGGUCCCCUUGAUUUCUUUUUGGACGACGACCUGUUCGACGACCGUUUUGAAGACCGAGAAGACAGUAAAGGCACCGCAGGGCAUCUCUCUACUGGAGGAUUUUUGUCCACGUCUACUGGUAGUACUAGGUUUCCAUCUUCAAGCAGUUCGCUUGGUGCUAGUGCUAUUGGUAGUGCUUCGGAGCUGUAUAUAUCUGGAUACGAACAAUCGGCGAAUAGCUUCUCUGCUCAACCAACAACAACUACCUACAGAGGUGGAAAUACAAGUGCUGGCAGAAGUAGUUCUACUUUCACUAGUCCAUCAAAACAUACUAGGUCUGAAAAGACUGGUGAGCAUCGUCGGAGAGCUCCAUCCCGUGGUGGCGCAUUUGGUGAAGACACAUCUUCGUCGAGGGAUUUCUAUUAUCGAGAGUCUUCCGUACAACUAUUUGAACCAAGUAGUUCUUCUUCUUCUAGUUCGUCUGCAGAAACCUCUGGGAACACAGCACCAGAAGUCCUCCUAGUACACGGAGGAGUGACCUAUCUUCGAGACCCUGAGGAUCCACGAUCUAGUGAUUUCUUAAAAGAACAGUUGACGACUCAGCUAGCACCAGACGUGGACGAGGAAGAUUUAACCAUGCCAGGAUCAGUGGAAUUGGAGACGACGGGUAGUUCAUUUGUUCUUCGUGAUUUUUUUAUUCAAUCUUCAUCGAGUAUUAUUAGCGGGUCGAAUUCGUCAGGGAAAUCUUAGGCAGAUUGCCGAGUAGAUUUACGCCGUCAUUAGUCGGCUCCUGAUCGAAGAAGUAGAGUAAAACAAUAACGACCAUGAACCUCUCCAGGUGCUUCGCUAUUCCUGUCCGGAUCUUUCGGGUCGUCGAGUGGAUACGAUUCCACUGCGCAAACACAAGGAUACAGGCCUUUGAGGAUUAACGAUCGCGUGGCAGCAAAUACAAAUACUGCAAAUACUACGCAGGAGACUACGACCCACGGCAACAACUCUGGACCAGGCACCAGUCCGAGCUCUGUAGACCCUUUAGCGCCUUCCACUGGUGGCGGAGGUUUUUUCGGCGACAACAAUUGUAACAACCUCCUAUCACAAAACGGCACGAUUCAAAUCGACAUCGAUGCUCUGCAUGGUUCGAGACGGUCAAAUCUUAGUAAUACAUCCGCUAUCAGCUCGAUCGUAGAUACCUUGAGUAACGCCACUGGUGCCUCGACGUCGAAGAAGGAUGACGGAGACGACUUCUCUAGCAGACCGAAAAGUUUAGUCAUUGACGAAGCAAAACUUUUAGGCGUACAAGCACCGGACGGGACGAGCUUUCUGGCAUAUUUUGGCGGAUACAGGUCAGAGUUCGACAGGAUAACGAAUCGGAUACUGUUAUGGCUGAACUCGAGUUUUCCUUUUCGCACCUAGUUGGUGACCUGAAUCGUUUCCAUCAGAAAGUCGUACAUGACCAGACUCAGGUCAUUUAGUCUAGGCAUGCUUCCUCAUAAGUAUCCAAACCCUGAUCUUUUCUGUCUAAUCCCCAAAAAGCGUUUCGAAAGCCAGCAACGCGCACCAAGGCGGAUCAGUCCUGCGACUUUCUUCAAUGUGGAGCACCAAUCAGACGGCGUCCUGAUUGAUCAGAUGUCGGACUUGGAGGUCCUGUAUUCCCGACAUCAGAUUCUGUUUUUGUGCUUGUUGUCUCUGGAUUUCCUAGUGAUGACAAUGUAUCUGCGACUGAUGUACCACAACGGGAUGGAGCUGUGGGGACUGAAGGGAGCUGAUGACGAAGUCAUGCGCCAGGUGUUUUUUAUGAAGAGGAUGGUAUCUAUAAUAAAUAUCUUGUUGAAGAUGAUCUGGUUUUCGUAGAUGCUAGUACUACGUUCGCGACUGAUAGGCUCCAUGGAAUGGAGUUUGACUGACAGACUCCAUGGAAUGGAGUUUUUCAUCUCUCUCGUUGAUUGUGAUUAUCUCUUCUCUCCUUCUUUGUUCUACCUCUUGGACCGUACUUCUUUCCGCCUAUCCUACCCACUUCUCUCCUCCCUUUCAUAUCGCGGGGCAUCUUCUUUGCGCAAUUCACUUUCGCAAUGUGCUACUACGCACUUGGCGUGCUGGCUUGCCGAGGAGCUCACAUCACAAAGUACGAAUGGAUGGGACGAUUCUCCGUGGCCACUAUUGUCGGCCUCGUCCUGAUCAUCGUGGCAGAAUACGUGCGGAAAUUCAACCUCUUCCUCUUCUUCCUCCGACUCGUGAUGCACUUGUAUUCGAAGUUUCUAGUGACUUUGAACCAGCAUUUCUUCCUGUCCAAUUCAGGAAGAGACGUGUACCAGUUGCUCGCGACAACGGGGGUGGAUGACGACGACGAUGAAGACGACGAAUACUCGGAAACGAGACAGUUAAGGCUACAACAGCUGAAGCAUCCUCAGCGCCAUCUACUUUGGCCUCAUAAUUUCCAAGGGGAAAAAAGGCUCAGGUAGUUGUGCUCAGGGAUGCGUCGCGCGAUAUAGCUCUAAGACAGGCUUUGAUGGAUAUACACAGAAGAGAAGCGGCGGAAGCAGUUUGAUGAGAUAGUUGAGAUGCUUGCUCCUGAGACGGAUUAAGCAGUAAUUUAGAAGUACCAUGCAUAGAGGGAGAAGAUUUAUCGCAGUCCUAAAUUCAUUGAUUGAUUUUUUCUGUCAUACCCAUAAGAAUAUCAUCGUAAGUAUUUAGCAUCAACACACAACCAUAACACCACCCAUAUUUUCCUCAUCGAUCGACCCCAUGAUCACACAUAAUUCAACGUAAAAACUUAAACUCAUGCUAAUGAUCGUCACGCAUUCAAAUUCCUAAAAGGUAAGACGUGGAUCGAAAUUAUCACGGUAGUAGAUACCAAACAUUUAUUCGCUCUGACAUUAUCACAACUAUAUUCACACUUACAUACACGAAGAAUUCAUAAAUGAACUAACUUCAACAUCACGUAAACUUUUAUCAAAUACCUUAUCCAACUAUUUCCGUAAUUCGUAACCAUUCUAAACUUCCUAACUAACUAACAUCAACAAGAAACUAAUAUUAUGCCUAGCAGGAACACACUCAUGCACCGUCAAGAGCGUACUAGUUCAUAUCCUACUAUCUAUGACAUAGGACAUAGAAUUUGAUACUGGAUGCUAUUGCAGCACAGGAAUUGCACAGGAGAAUAGGGACAUGAUGCUUUCGCCUCAUGAGAAAUCGACACAACUAUGAUCAGGAAGCAAUAGGUCGUUAUCUGUCAUGUACAGAGGUAUUGCGGG